UGUAGUGAACAGCACAGCAUAGCAUAGCAUAUUUCAUUUGAUUGAACCCACCCUAUAGUACCCUUCUGUUGUUUAGCAGGUAUGAGGAUUAAAAAAACAAAAAAACAAAACAGAAAAAAGGCAAGGAUUCUAGCAAAACACCAAAAUGGUUUCGAUCAUAAUGUAUCGCUUUGAAAAAUGAGAUCCUUUGUUCCAACUGUGUGGUGGUGGGCGUGAGCAUUUGCGGUGAGCAGUUCGUUUGAGACUGGACCCGAUACAUCCACUGAAAGCAGAAACAAAGCCGGGGACUCUUACUUGAGGAAAAAAAAACAUGACCAGGGAGGGUGUGUGAACGGUGCAUAUUAAACGUUAAAUCCCAUCGGAUCGUGCAUCGUGAUUUGAUCGGAUCCUUUCUGCCAGGCUUCCCAUGAGACAGAGCAUGCAGUAAGGGAGAGAGGUCCUUCCGUUAUGUCCAUACAGCGUAUCCAACGCUACAUCACUCCCCUCGUCUGGACCAGCAAGGAACACUCCCCACAAGAAUCUGUGCCCGGAAUGCAGAGCGUGUGGCGCAGGCAGGCUGUCUCAUUAAAAAUAAACGCGAUAGCUGAUUUAAAGUGGGGGAAACGAAACCCGUGUAUCUGAUGACACAAAAAAGGUAUGUGGCAGGAUUUCUGAAACGCGUAGCGGUCCUUUCGCAUGCAAACUGCGCUUUUGUAAAUGUGGACGACAGACAAUUUCACAAGACUGCGACUGAAAAAGGCCAGCCGCCGAAAGGUUAUUUAUUUAGGUACUCAAAUGACAUCUGAGGACACGCCAUCUCCCAUGCACUCGCCUAUAUACAAAUCCAAGACAUGUGGACAUCGUCACUGUAGAACCACGAAAGCCUAGAAAACAAUACUCAUCGAGGCACAGACAAUGAAGACCGGUGAUCUACCCAAACCGCACAGAAUGCGUCUCUAUCGGAAGCCUCUCUGUAUCCUGCUGCUGGUGGUGACUAUCCCUGUAGUGUUUCUGGUUCUGCUAACCUGGACUCCGAAGCCUUAUAAUGCAGUGGACAUCCGGUACCGAGCCAGGGGGAAGCCAGAAAGCCAGGUGGAGAACGGACUGCGCUUUCUUUCACAGAAGUACGCACACGUGCCCUACACAGUCAAAGAAGAUGUAGUGAGGCUGCUUACAAGUAAUUCGUGCCAGUGUCAAAAUGUAGACAAUCCAAUCAACCUGCCUUUCAUUCAGAAGUACCUCCCACAUGUGUGGGCACACAGCUUUGAGAAUGUCUAUAACGUCUCUGAGCUGGAGGGGGUGAAGAGGAGGCGAUCACAGGAGUAUCAGAGCUUCAUAGAAAGGACGCAGUCUUCUGCAGAUCUGCUCGUUGUUGCCAAAGCAAACAGCCCCCUGGAGUACCCCACCCAGGGGGUCGAGGUGCGCCCUCUCCAAUCCAUCGUCGUACCAGGGUUAAGUUUACAAGCUUCCUCCAGGGAUGAAUACAGGGUCAACUUGACGGCAACGCUGGGGACAUUUAAUGUGGCCGCUGAGGUCCAUGGGGUAAAGGUCCAAGGGGAAGGUGAAAUGCACCUCUCCCUGUCCAGCCCGCAACUCGAAAACCUGAACCGGCAACUGGAGUUCAUCGUUUACACCAACACACGCUUUCACCCCAACACCGCAGAUACAGUGCUUCUCGAUACAGACGGACACCAAGCUUCCUUCACCAUAAAGGUGCGCUACAGGGUCACUCCAAGGCUCUACAACUCUGGAUCUGAAGAAGGGUACAACGUCAGUGCCUUGGUGACAAUCGCCACCAAAACGUUCCUGCGCUACGACAAGCUGCGGGAUCUAAUAGAGAGCAUCCGCAAGUUCUACCCCACUGUCAGCAUCAUCAUCGCAGAUGACAGCGACAAGCCCGAGAAGAUCCAGGGCCCCUUCAUUGAGCAUUACAUCAUGCCCUUCGGAAAGGGCUGGUUUGCUGGGAGGAAUCUGGCUAUAUCGCAGGUCACCACCAAGUACGUGCUGUGGGUGGACGAUGACUUCAUCUUCACGGCCAACACCAAGGUGGAGAAACUGGUGGACGUGCUGGAGAAGACCAGCCUGGACCUGGUAGGGGGCGCUGUGCGGGAGGUCACCGGCUACACCGCUACGUUCCGUCAGAAGAUCAGCGUGGAGUCUGGGGGUGAGGAGGGGGACUGCAUUCACAUCCGCAAGGGCUAUCACCACGACAUCCAGGGCUUCCCAAACUGUGUCAUCACUGACGGGGUCAUCAACUUCUUCUUGGCUCGUACUGACAAGGUGCAGCAGGUGGGCUUCGACCCCAGCCUGGCCAGGGCCGCACAUCUAGAGUUCUUCAUGGACGGCCUGGGUAAGCUCCACGUGGGCUCCUGCAGUGAUGUCAUCGUCGGCCACGCCUCGAAGAUCAAGCUGCCCUGGACCAAGACGGAGAGCGAGAAAACCUACACCAAGUUCCGCUACCCCAGCAGCUCGGACAACGACGUGAAGGCCAAACACACCUUCUUCUACUUCAAGAACCGCCUGAAAUGCAUGACCAUGGACUAGGCACGUGGAAGCCAGGGUUUCACAUUUCAUGGACGCUUAGAAAAAGAAAAGCGUUUUACAGUUUUUUUUUUUUACUGGAAAGUACAAUUGGAAAUCUAAAGAGCGGCGUUAUGUAGUAUCAUUUUGAGGCAGACUACCCUGUACAGUGUGGGUUUUUUUUGUUUCAAUCCAGUGCCAUCAUGACAUGAUUACAGGAUGGUUGGUUUGUCAGACACUCGCAGAUUUUCAGUGUCAAAGUAAGUGUUGCAGGUGUGUAUUAAACUUUCAACCACCUAAGAGGAAGUCUACUAACAGAACGGCAAGAUGUUCCUUGACUGGUAUGGUAGGUUGAGAAUUCAAUACAGUAUAGUGUUUAUUUAAUUCAAUAACUUCAGUGCAUUUUCAUUUGGGACCGACUGCUUUGGGACCCAGUCUUGCAGGAUAAGAAUUGUAGGGGUAAAAUGACUCAUCAAUUUAUACAAGCGAAAAAGCAUAUUAAACCAUUACCAGAAAGUAAGGGUAAUGUGCUGUAUGAGCUACUAACCUGUAGUAGCUUUACUAAGGAUGAUAGCAUGCAGCCCUGAAUGUGUGCUUCACUCCAAUGCUUGUACGGGUACUGCUGUAAUAGCAGUAAAAAUGGGAAUGUGUAAACUAGCCAUAUUCAUGGACUGGCUUGGGUUGUAUUAGUAGUUAAUCAUCUGAUCUCAGUUUGAAACCCUUAAGUAGUGAAUCCAGAAGUACUUAAGUGCCAAACUGUUUUAAUAAGCUUGACUACCCGCUUUGGCCGUCUAGCGAUUGCAGCUUUAUCAGGUGGAAGGAAGGAAGACUGGAAGUGGCAGGAUAGUUACCUAAACCCACCACAAUGGAAACCUUGCAAUGGAUUCUUGCAGUGGACCCGUGCCAAAGCUGUAGUAUUUAAUGGAUUCUUGCAGUGGACCCGUGCCAAAGCUAUAUUUCAGUUUACGCUCAUUUCUUUAUCAGUGUAAAGCUCGAAUUGAUUUUACCAAAUGUUUUUGUGUAAUCAGUGUACAUGGCCAGGGUUCUGCCUAGACUAUAUGGAGGCUUAGCAAUCCACUUCAUGUUUCCUGAGAGACCCAGUUCAGGUCAAGUAAACCAGUGCCAGCAGUCAGACCCAUGCGAAACCUGGGGAGUGAGCUUAGGGAGAAUCCUGGUGUUACUGUUAGGGGUUUGCAUAAAGUCACAAUGACUCUGUACGUUUCCACCUUGGUACGGCAGUAAACAUGUUAACACCCAGGUGAGAAUCGGCUUUUUAAAACACUCCGUGUGGAAGUUAAUUGCCAUUGAGUGGUACUUGGUUGUAAAGGUGAGGGAAGGACAGCUUUUUCUUAUUUUGAAAGGAACACAUUAAGAAAGGAUAUAUUUAAUAUCUGCUGAUUUUAAAUACUUCUGGAAGACAAGUAUGAGUAUCAGCACUCCCCUAGAUACUGUACAAUGAAACCCUGGCAAUAUCUCUUUAACGGGACUGGGAUAAAGUGGUGACCAAUGAGCGGAGCUGACUUGAUCAAGGGUUCGACACUAACCCAGAAGCAGUGUUGAUACAUGCCUGUUUUGCUGUGGAGCUCGAGAAAGGGCACUAGGUAUUGCAUUGAGUACAAUAGCAUACAUUGAUUCUGUUUAUUUUCAGUCAGUACAGUCAGCCACACUGUACAUGUGCAACACAUUCUGUGUGCUAUAUUGUAACAACAUUUCAAUGCUGCACAGCGACUUUCUGAUCCUGUGUUUUAUUUAAGUGCUAUUAAGUGGGGUGGAAAUCUGUUUGUUGUGUGAUUAUGAUAAUAUCCAUCGGUUAUAAUGUGUGCCCAUUGUUAAUGCUUCUGUUUGUUUAAAUGGGUUUGUAUUUUCUGUGUUUCAUAGCUCUUGCAUGAACAAAAUAACUUGAGGUUUUUAAGUUAGAAACGCUGUGUUAAGUCAGAUUUUUAAAGCAUAUUGUUUAGCAUUCACAUAUACUUCUUUUCUGUCUUUUGCAUCAAUUUGCUAUACAGUAAAACCUGUCUAAUCCAGCUCCUCUCCAAACCAGCAUGCUGUAUAAUUCCGCAUCGUUCUGGGGUCUCUAGUGAAACUAAUAGUGCGACCCUCUCUACAAUCCAGAACCUGUUUAUUCAGGAAUCCUGCUUUUGUAAGUCUUGUCUGCCUAAAACCAAUGCAGAUGUGACUGUGCAGUCCUGCCCUAAGUCAUUUAAUUUCUUUAGAAGUAACUAUGUUGUGUAAAUACGCACAUGUCCUGCAGGUGUGGUGCAGUUCAAUCCUUAUUUACAUUAAAGGGAAAGUAAAAAUAUAGAAAAAUCCAACCCUUGAAUUACAGGUUAUACCUGGACAGCACGUGUACUGUAAUACUGUUUUUCAGUGUGUUCAGAUGACUUCAACCUGUUUUUAUUUUUUUAGGUAUGGUAUUAGAUUUUACAAUACUGAGUCGUCCCAAUAAACAGGUUUUACUGUAUUACAGUAUAGCUUUGGACUUGAUUUAUCCCUGACCAUGUUGCCUUUUUAGCUUUGAGAUCAUUUGUCGAAUUGUAAUUUAGUCAGAAAGCUCCAAAAUCUUUUUGUUGUGGCAAUAAUUCUAUGUGGUGCAAUAUGUUAUGACUCCCACAAGAUGGCGCUGUGGGAUAAAUAUAGUCCCAAUUUUAGCACACUUGCCAUGCACUUCAAUGGCAUUCAGAUAAUGCAUCGUUUUUGCAUUGAACUGAACAUUUAUUUGGUUCAUCUGCUGUUCGUUCUUACCUGGCUGAAUGAAAAGGUUGCGUAUCGUUUGAACUUGAAUAGACAUGCACAGUCUCUCUAGCUUUCCAUUGGGGCCACCAGCUCGGUUUACAUUUUGAUCCAAAAAUGUGUCAGUUUUUGUGAGUUGUUUCAAAAGUAGAAGUAGCAAGCGUUACCAGUAAAGGGAGGAAGCUAAUAAUUUAUACCAUUUUUACAGAAUGGCUAAUGGCUUUUGAUACUCAAUACUUUAAUGUGACUCUCAUGGAUUUUAAGUGUUUCUAUAAUGCAGAUAUCAGUACCUACAGUAUCUACCUUUACUAGUUAACUAGACAGCUAGACUUGCCCUGUAAUAGGGCUGAACUGCACAUCUUCUCUGCAAGUAGAAAGUAUUUACCUUUGUUUUUUAAACUGACCUUUGUAUUCGAUUAUGUAUCCUUGAUCAGCUUGUAAGAAAUGUGGUUCCUAGACCUGUAACUUGCAUUAAAUAUCUGUCUGCAUGCUAUUUAGGUGAGGAGCAGUGUAUUGUAUGUGUUUGGAACAGUGAAAUGCCAUUUUCUCAUUGGAUUUGAAUACAUUUUUUAAGAAUUAACCAAUACUUGUUCUAUACAGGAUACUGUUACCUGAUCAUACAGUGCAUAGCAAGCAACCUGCAUAGAAUACACAAAGGGAGUGAGACUGUAUGUUAUAGUCCAAGAAUGGAGAUGGAUUUUAUUUUGUAUUGUUGUCAUGCUUUUUACAGUAGUGUUUUCAUUACAUCAAACAAGCUCUUGGGACUUAAAAUAACUGUGCAAUUCCAUGAACAAUUACUGCUCGCUGGGGAAAGGGUCCCACAGUAUGCUUUUAUUUUUUGUAUAUAUAUUUUUUUGUAUUCUUUUGUAAAUACUAAUUACUUAUGUUUUGUUGGUUUUUAUUUUAUUUCUUCCUGAGGAAGCCCUGGGGGUAAACUGUCUAGGUGUUUCUUUUGAAAAUAUAUAAAAUAGUGUGUGUGUGUGUGUGUGUGUGUGUGUGUGUGUUAUAUAUAUAUAUAUAUAUAAUGGUAACGCUUAAAAAUAGCGGCCACAAAUUCAUAAAGCAUUCCGUCUGAAUACCACCUGAAUAUCUUCUACACUUCCAGAGUUCUGAGGUCAUUCAUUUAGAAUUCAGCCCUGUUAAUUAUGAUUCCCCCUUUCCCUUCCCUCCGUUCCAAAUGGAUUCUCCUGUUUAUUCACUUAUUCAUACACUUCUCUCAGGGGAUUGUGAGAAGUGUUCAUUCAUGCUUGCCUUAUACAUGAGAUCAACAUUAUUCAUUACAAAGGAACAUGCAAUGAAUGCGGAUAAUUAAAUCCACGUGAAUUAACAGGGCUCAAUUCAAAAUGAAUUGCUUCAGAACUCCGAGGAAGUGCACAAGAUAUUCAAGUGGUAUUCAGACAGAAUUCAUUAUGAAUUUGCAGCCAUUAUUUAAAACAUAUGCUGUAUAUAAUGUGUAUAGAGACAUCCAAGCUGUAUCUGUUAAGAUUAGCAGAUGCUGACUUGUGAUAUUAAUAUAAGGUAUGCAGUGCACUGAAAACAUGAGAGACUAAAAUUCUGGUCUGAUUAUUAUAGAAGACUAUCUGAAGUUUGUCAAAACAAACAUGACAACCAAACUGUGUGAUGCACUGAAGCACAAAUAGUUUUGUGUUGCCAGGCAGGCUUCUAAAUCGAGCUAAAUCUUAGAAGUCUGUUAUUCUUCUGAGGCUGUUUUGCUUAUUCAGAUAGGUUUGCUGUAAAAGCAAACGGCUUCCUUUUUGAUUAUCGGAAUUUAAUUCUAGAAUUAGGAUACAGAUUCAUUAUUGCUCCGCGAUCCUUUUAAAAAGUAUCAAAUAACAAACAACUGUGCUGAAUAUCACAGAUUGUUUUGAGCAUUGCAUGUUAACAUUGAAUAACUGCACACGGUGUCUGUUAUCGGGUCAGUUUUUUAAAAGCAGCUAUGAAGGGAGCUCUGCCAUAGUCCAGAUUUAAUUCUCAGGUUCGCCCAUCUCUCAACGAAUCGUGCAGAAUUGCAAAAGAACUGUAGAAGAUUGAGAAAGUUAUAUGAAUGAAUACCGAACCUUGUUUUAUAAAUAAAACCAGGCUUAUGUUAAGGUUAAAAGGUUAUUUGAUUAGCGUUCCCUAUACUUUAUAAUUGAGCUAUUUAUUUUUAUUUUUUGUUGCAGAGGAAGAUGGUACAAACCUACAGUUUGUUUUGGGCAGUAGUUUUUGAAUGGGCUGGAUUGAAUGCAGAUGUUGUGGAAAGACACACAGUCCUGUAUCGUGUAUGUUUCUGAAUAUGUUUGCAUUGAAUUGUGAUGGACCAGGGACAUUUUCAUGUGUAUUUUGCUUCACUGUGUAAAUAAUCAUUGUACUGUACAUCUGUAAGAAUCCGACAAACUAAACCCUGCUCUGUAGAUUAUCAGUUUAUACAAAAGCCAUUCAUCGAAAAUAAAACAAGAUUUUCUUUUGUA